AAACCGUGACAUUUCGUCCGCCCGCACACCCGGGGGACACGCGGCCUCGUGCGAGACCUCCUUACGAGAAGGGUGUCUUUCCCAGCCCUAUGCAAUGGCAUGUAGCAAUUCCAGGUCACUCUCCACAAAUGGAUUCACAAUGAAAGCUCAGCUUCAGAUAACAGUAAUCUCUGCUAAAUUAAAAGAAAACAAAAAGAACUGGUUUGGACCCAGUCCCUACGUAGAAGUAGAAGUUGAUGGGCAGUCCAAAAAAACUGAGAAAUGUACCAACACUCACAGUCCAAAAUGGAAACAGUCCCUUACUGUAAUUGUAACUCCUUUUAGUAAGUUAAUCUUCAGAGUAUGGAGUCAUCAAACAUUAAAAUCUGAUGCAUUGUUAGGAAUGGCGACACUGGAUAUCUGUGAAAUCCUUAAGUCUAACAAUAUGAAAAUUUCAGAGGUUGUUCAGACCUUAAUGCUUUGCACAGAUAAAGAUCCUGCCGAAAUAGUAGGAGAUCUCUCCGUUUGUUUGGAUGGACUCACCGUGGAUCCUGAAAUGUUUGCCUCUGUGGAAAAUGGUAUUGAAAGUUCAGUGCAGAAUGCUGAUUCACGAAGAAAUAGUGCCACAGUUAUUGGGAGGACAAACAUAGACAUCUCUACAUCUGCAGAAAGCAUUGAAGAUUUGGCUUCGGGUAACAGCAGAGCUGUGAAUGGCAGUGAUUCUCCCUUGUUAUUGAGUAGUUCCAAAUCUUUAAGGCCGCCCAGACCUUCACGUCCCCCACCACCAACACCGCGAAGGCCAGCUUCAACAGCUGUCCCUUCCAUCGAAACUGUACCUAGCCCUCCAAAAAAUGCAUCAAGUAGUGAUCUCUCCAUCUCAGAGUCAUCUGCGAACCAUGUUGUUUCUAACCAUACGGGUCGAUUAGAAUUGUCACCAUCCAGCUCUGCACCGUCAGAUGUAGGAACACAGCCAUUGGUCACACAAAGAAUGAACCCCAUCAAUUCUGGCCCUCUUCCCCCAGGAUGGGAACAGAGGGUAGAUCAGAAUGGCCGUGUUUAUUUUGUGGAUCACAUUGAGAAGAGGACAACAUGGGAACGGCCAGAACCCCUUCCUCCAGGCUGGGAACGACGGGUUGACCCCAUGGGAAGGAUUUACUAUGUUGAUCACAUCACAAGGACAACAACAUGGCAGAGACCAACUGUGGAGUCGGUGAGGAAUUAUGAACAGUGGCAGCUACAGCGUAAUCAACUGCAGGGUGCUAUGCAGCAGUUUAACCAAAGAUUUAUUUUUGGGCUUCAGGACCAGGUCCCAGCUACACAGAACAAAGAGUUUGAUCCACUAGGACCACUACCACAUGGAUGGGAAAAACGAACCGACAGUAAUGGCCGAGUGUACUUUGUUCAUCAUCCUACUCGUUCGACACAAUGGGAGGACCCAAGAACACAAGGGCUUUUGAAUGAAAAACCAUUGCCAGAGGGAUGGGAGAUGAGAUUCACAGUUGAUGGAAUCCCAUACUUUGUGGAUCAUAAUAAGAGAACUACAACGUAUAUUGACCCAAGGACUGGAAAAUCAUCACUGGAGAAUGGACCACAAAUUACAUAUGUUCGGGACUUCAAAGCAAAAGUACAGUACUUCAGAUUCUGGUGUCAGCAACUUAUGAUGCCUCAACACAUUAAGAUCACAGUUUCUAGAAAAACCUUGUUUGAAGAUUCUUUUCAACAGAUAAUGAGCUUUAAUGCACAAGACCUUCGCCGAAGAUUGUGGAUUAUUUUUCCAGGGGAAGAAGGGCUUGAUUAUGGCGGUGUUGCAAGAGAGUGGUUUUUCCUUCUGUCACAUGAAGUUUUGAACCCCAUGUACUGCUUGUUUGAAUACGCCGGAAAGGACAACUACUGCCUGCAGAUUAACCCUGCUUCUUAUAUCAAUCCUGACCAUUUGAAGUAUUUCAGGUUUAUUGGCAGGUUUAUCGCCAUGGCUUUAUUUCAUGGAAAAUUCAUUGACACUGGGUUCUCAUUGCCAUUCUAUAAGAGAAUUCUAAAUAAGCCUGUGGGAUUAAAGGAUUUGGAGUCUGUGGAUCCAGAAUUCUAUAACUCACUUAUUUGGAUAAAGGAAAAUAACAUUGAAGAAUGUGGUUUGGAAAUGUAUUUUUCUGUGGACAAAGAAAUCUUGGGAGAAGUCACCACACAUGAACUGAAACCAGAUGGCAGCAAUUUACUCGUUACAGAAGAAAACAAAGAAGAAUAUAUUAAACUAGUUGCAGAAUGGAGAUUGUCUAGGGGUGUGGAAGAGCAGACUCAGGCUUUUUUUGAAGGAUUCAAUGAAGUCCUCCCACAGCAAUACCUACAGUAUUUUGAUGCAAAAGAGUUGGAGGUCCUGCUUUGUGGAAUGCAAGAAAUUGAUCUGGUUGACUGGCAGAGGAACACAAUCUACCGACACUAUGCAAGAAGUAGUAAACAGAUCCUUUGGUUUUGGCAGUUUGUUAAAGAGAUGGAUAAUGAAAAACGAAUGAGAUUACUACAGUUUGUUACUGGAACCUGCCGUCUACCAGUUGGUGGUUUUGUUGAUUUGAUGGGGAGCAAUGGUCCUCAGAAAUUCUGCAUUGAGAAAGUUGGGAAAGAAAACUGGUUGCCCAGAAGUCACACCUGCUUUAACCGUUUGGAUCUGCCACCCUAUAAAAGUUAUGAACAGCUGAAAGAAAAACUGAUGUUUGCAAUUGAAGAAACUGAAGGUUUUGGGCAGGAGUAGCAGCUGUGUUCUAAAAGACAAUAAUCCAACCCAUAGUUUGUUGGUUUUGGGUUUUUUUUCUCUCCCCGCCAAUUUUUUGGAGGAAAGUCAUGCUGUUAGCUUUGUUCUUCAUACCUAGGUAUAAAUUCCAGCUGUUUAAAUGCUGGUAUUUCUGUUUGGAAGGUCUUAUUAAUUUGGUUGAUUCACUAAACCUUGGCUAUCCUAUGAGCAGUUUACUUGUAUGAUGUUUUUCAAUUCAGAGAAGGAUCUAUGAUUUUUUUUUUCCAAUUCUUGAUAUACAUGUAUUUUAACAACUGGGGCCCAUUGGAAAAAGUUUACAAAAUU